GCGGCCCCGCGCCAGUGCAGUGAGCGGCGCGCGGGAGCCACUACGUGCUAUGGCUCUACGCGCAUUGUUUGUGGCCGCGCUUCUCGCCGGCGGCGGCGCCGUCUACAACCGUGAGCGCGAUCGACAACGCGCUGAUCCCCGCCUCCUCGACCGCGCAUGUGAGCUCAGCUCUUGCUAUCCUGCCACAGGCAAUUUGCUCAUCGGCCGCGAAUCUCGGCUGUCUGCGACGUCGACGUGCGGCCUGCAUCGCCGCGAGCGAUACUGCAUCGUCUCGUACUUGGACGACAGACUCCGAAAAGAAAGGGAAACCUGCUUUACGUGCGAUUCUACGAACAAAACGAUACAUAAACCUGACGAAAAUCAUAGAAUACAAAAUAUUAUUUACAAAUUUUACCCGGGAACGAGAUACAGAUCAUGGUGGCAGUCUGAAAACGGAAAGGAAAACGUAUCCAUUCGGCUCGACAUGGAGGCUGAAUUCCAUCUUACACACUUAAUAAUACAAUUUAAAACAUUUCGUCCAGCUGCUAUGUUAGUUGAGAGAUCUUUUGAUUUUGGAAAGACAUGGCGCGUCUAUCGUUAUUUCGCGCACAACUGUGCCGAAUCCUUCCCGUUAGUGCCGCGACAUUCCCAACGAAGCUUAACAGAAGUGGUGUGUGAUUCCCGUUACUCCGGCGUCUCCCCGUCCUCUGAGGGUGAAGUGAUAUUCAGAGUGUUACCUUCAAAUAUAAAUGUGACGAAUCCUUAUUCGGAAGAAGUGCAAAAUUUGUUACGAAUGACAAAUCUUAGAAUUAACUUCACGAAACUUCACACUCUGGGCGAUGAUCAUCUUGAUAAUCGAGCCGAAAUAAAGUUUAAAUAUUAUUACGCUAUAUAUGAAAUGACAGUACGAGGAUCCUGUUCGUGCUAUGGUCACGCUUCGAGAUGUCUACCCAUGCCUGGGGUCGAAUCGAAAAAUAACAUGGUACACGGCCGCUGCGAAUGUACACAUAACACUCGCGGAUUAAACUGUGAAUAUUGUGAAGAUUUUUACAACGAUUUGCCAUGGCAGCCGGCCGUCGGACGAACGUCUAAUGCUUGCAAAAGAUGUACAUGUAAUAACCAUGCUACUACUUGUCAUUUUGAUCCAGCGGUUUACAAUAAAACCGGAAAAAUAAGCGGUGGUGUAUGUGACAAUUGUCAACAUAACACAAUGGGUGUAAAUUGCGAACGCUGUCGACCUACUUUUUACAAAGACCCCAGUUUGGAUAUACAAAAUCCAGACAUAUGUAAACAAUGUGAUUGUGAUCCAGAAGGUACUACAGACAGGGAAGUUUUGUGUGAUGAUGAGACAGAUCCCGCAAAUAACAAAACCGCUGGCCGUUGCAUGUGUAAGAAAAAUAUUGACGGAGCAAGGUGUGAUAGAUGUAAGGAUGGCUUUUGGAAUUUCGAUCCACUUAAUCCCGAAGGAUGUGAAUCAUGUACCUGUAAUAAUCUAGGCACAGUCAUUGAAAGAGGAUGUGAUCCUUCAACGGGUAAUUGUUUCUGCAAACGUCAUGUUACUGGCAGAAAUUGCGAUCAGUGCCUUCCAGAGUUCUAUGGCCUCUCGGACAGUGACGACGGGUGUCUACCCUGUGAUUGUGAUGUUGGUGGAUCAAUCGAUAGAGAUUGUGACGUUAUAACGGGACAAUGCAAAUGCCGUCCGAAUGUAUCCGGCCGUCGAUGUGAUACACCCAUACAGAACUUCUUCGUAGGGGCUCUCGAUUCCAUCGUUAUUGAAGCUGAAUCAAGUCAAUGCGAUUCCCAAAUAGACGAUAAUGCAAUUCAAAGUCAGUUAUGUCACGUUGUAAUACGAGAAAACUUCCCUGAUGGCCGUAAGGAGACGUGGACCGGUCCAGGAUUCAUGAAAAUACCGGAAAGUAGCACUCUAGUUUUCAAGAUAAAUAACUUAAAAACGAGUAUGAAUUACAAUGUACUGAUUCGGUAUGAGCCGCAGGCUCCUAUGACUUGGGAAGAAGCCACAAUUUAUGUUAGGAGACUUACGCCAAUUGAUCCUGAUUCGCCGUGCGCAAAUGUGCGGCCUGAAGAUGACACAAUUAAUACCUAUUUACCAGCAACUCAGCGUAGUGUCUUAGUCAAACCGUCUAUAUGUUUAGAAAAAGAUAAAGAAACUGAAAUAAGAAUAUAUCUAGGUCGCCAAGAUGGACAUUCAUUUAAUACUAGAGCCUCUAUUUUGAUCGAUUCAAUUGCACUUUUGCCUUCUAUCGAUGAUUUACCUUUCUUGUCGAACGGAAGUUACAUGAGGGAUGAAUUUGAUCGUUUCAACUGUGGCGAUUCUUAUUACUAUGAUCUUAAUAGAGAAAACAUACCCGACGUUUGUAAAAAGUAUCAUGCUAGUAUAGGAUUUUACAUAAGGAAUGGCUCCGAAUCAUGUCAAUGCGAUCUUACAGGAUCAAAGAGUCACCAAUGCGAUCCGUACACUGGAUACUGUCAAUGUGUUGAAAAUAUUGUUGGUGCUAGGUGUGAUCGUUGUGCUCCUGGUACGUAUGGCUUUAGUAAGUUUGGUUGUAAGCGUUGUGAUUGUAACAGUAUUGGAAGUCUUGACAAUUUCUGCGAUGCUACGAGCGGACAGUGUAAAUGUAGAGCAAAUACUUACGGUCGAGCGUGUGACUUAUGUCAACCAGGCUAUUUCAACUUUCCAAAUUGUCAACAAUGUGACUGCAAUGGACAUGCGGUUGAAUGCGAUGACAAGACUGGCGCUUGCAAAGAAUGUAGAGAUUAUACAGAAGGUCAUCGUUGCGAGAGAUGUGUUGACGGAUAUUAUGGUGACCCUAGACUUGGAGUUGAUAUUCCUUGCCGACCAUGUCCUUGCCCAGGUAUUAAAGGUGAUCCCAAUAAAAGCAGCCACGCUGAUCGCUGCGAGUUAGAUCCAGAAACAAAAGAUGUUGUUUGUGAUUGUAAAGAAGGAUAUGCUGGGCUUUUGUGUGACGUUUGCGCUGAUAACUAUUACGGUGAUCCUGUAAAAGGCACGUGCGAGAAAUGUGAAUGCAAUGAAAAUAUAGAUGUCACAAAACCUGGAAAUUGUGAUCCGUAUACUGGAAAAUGCUUACAAUGCUUACACAACACAGCCGGUGAACAUUGCGAAAUUUGUGAUGAAGGAUAUUAUGGAAAUGCUUUGGAGAAAUCAUGCUACAAAUGUAACUGUUCAGAAUUGGGCACAAACUUUACAACAGGAAAUUGUGAUCGUAUAAGUGGACAAUGUCCUUGUUUCAAAAAUGUUAUGGGAAUAAAUUGCGACCAAUGCACUGAAAACCACUGGAGAAUAGCUCUUGGUACAGGAUGUGAUCCUUGUGAAUGUGAUCCUAUUGGAUCAGUUUCUCCGCAGUGCAACCCAUACAUAGGUAAUUGUGAUUGUAAACCAGGACAUGGUGGUAGGCAAUGCGAUCAGUGUCAAGAGAAUCACUGGGGUGAUCCGAAUAUAGAAUGCCAUGAAUGUGAAUGUAAUUUAUAUGGAUCAGUGACUCAGCAAUGUGUGCGUGAAAACGGUUCAUGCAUUUGUAAACCUGGAAUUGGUGGUUACAAUUGUGAUAUUUGUGCUAGAGGAUACCUCGGUGAUGCUCCUCAAUGUUAUGCUUGCGGCGAGUGUUUCGACAGCUGGGACCGAAUAAUCGGAGAUUUGCGCACUCAGACUGAAUACGCUAUUGGGAACGCUAGUAAAAUAAAAAUUAUAGGAGCAACUGGAGCAUAUACAAGAGACUUUGAAGAAAUGACUAAGAAAUUAGCAGAAGUUGAAAAUACUCUCCAAAGUGCCAAGCAGGGACAGAGUACGGUAAAAGAUUUGCUAUCAAAUAUUACUAGCUUACAGAAUCAAUUGGCUCAAGCAGACAAAAAAGUUAAAGAGAGUAAUGAUAAUCUUAAUGAUAUAACGUCCAAAAUUAAUUUAGGUAAUGUAACACUUGACGGUUUGAGAUUGAGUAUUGAAAAGUUAAAAACAAAGACUAUUGAUUUAGGAAACAACGCAACCAAAUUACAAGAAGCCAAUUUAGAAGGCGCUCUUAAUUUAACUCGUGAAGCUAAACAAAGAGCAUCUAAAGCAGCGGACGAAGCGGAAAAUGUCCAAACAGUUAUAGCUGAUACGGAUCGUCAACUUAAAAAUACAGACAGAUUAAUAGAACUACAGUACUUGAAUUUUAAUAACACACAAAGUGAAAAUGAUAAGAAAUUGAAUGAUUUGCAAGAACAACUAUCGAAUUUGGAGUCGCAGAUACCAAAAAUAAAUGAAAAAAUGUGUGGACAAGAAAGUGAUUCUUGUGAUAUCUGCGGUGGAGCAGGUUGUGGAAAAUGUGGUGGAAUAUCUUGCGACCAAGGUGCUAUAACAAAAGCUGAACAAGCACUAGAUUUUGCAAACAAAACUGAAUACAGAAUAAAAGAUCACGAACUUAAUGCCGAGGAUCUAUUUAGAUCGAUUUCGCAAGCAAAACAAGAUACAAUUGCAGUACGAUCCCGAGCGAAAAGUUUACUAGACGAAGCUAAAGACUUUAAAAUAUCUGCAGAAAGAGUCACCAAUGAAAGCCAUGAAUUAACAACAGAAUUAAAAGAAUUUUUAUCAAACACUUCUAAUACCCCAGCUGAUGUAAGGACUUUGGCCAAUGAUAUCUUGAAUUUAUCUAUUAGAAUCGAACCAAAAGAAAUCACAGAACUAUCGCAACGAAUUAAUUCCACCGUUUCACAACUUACCAAUAUCGAGAAUAUCAUAACUGAAACAAAGCCUGACUUAGAAAGAGCGAAAGCUCUGAAAACAAACGCGACAGCAGUUAGUAACGAAGCUAAUUUGACCCUUGGAAUGGCUAAUAAAGUUUUAGAAGCUUUGGAUGAAGCUCAAGCCGCACAAGAUGCAGCAGAAAAUGCAAUCGACAAAGCAAAUAAUGAUAUCGAAGCUGCUAAAAGUGAUUUAAUUCCUAUUGCAUUGGAAACCGAACAAGCUCAGAAAAAAGCAAAGGAAACUAUGGAGGAAGUCGAAAGUCUUCGCUUGCGGCUCUCAGAUUUGCAAAAAAAUAAUUUAAAAAUUGAAAGUGAUGCAGAACAAGUUAAACAAGAGGCAAACGAUGUAGUCAAUAGAGCCGAGGGAGCCGAACAAAAGGCCAGAGAGCUUAGACAAAACUUUAAGCAGACGAAUAUGUCUCUUGCCGAACGUGCGAACCAAACAUUAAACUCCCGAGAACAAGCCCAGCUGUUGCUAAACCGAGCAACAAAACUUGCCAGUGACACCCAAAUGCAACUAAAACUGUUGACUAAUAUGGAAGAAUUGUAUAACGAUCAUAAUGAACAACUUAAUACACUAGAGAAAGAAAUUGGUGACCUUAAUACUCAAAUGAACUAUUAUUUAUCCGAAAUCACAAAGCGCUCUGACUACUACAGAUCUUGCACAACAUAAUGUUUGUUUUAAACAAAAAUAUUUGUUUGUUUCGUGUGCCAUGUUAUUUUGACCCCAAUACAUUUGUUUUUUUUUUAUGUUUAGCAAAUUUAUAAUAUUUAAAAAGAGAUUCAACUAAAAUAUUCUAUUAUAUAUUAAUUUUAUAGUUCUUUUCAACUAGUUUACACUUUAAAUAUAUUUUUAUGUUCAUUUUGGUUAUAAUAUGGAUUUCCUACAUUAUAUAACGUUGGGAUAAGAUGAAUGUUCAAAUGUCAUACAAUUAUAUGAAGAUGAUGUACUUAUGUUAACUAUCUAAUUGUGAUUCUAAUUUAACCAUAUCUUUGUAACUUCAAUAGUAAAACAAUAAUAUAAAUUAUAAAUCAACUUAAAUAAUUCUCGAACAUUAUGAACUGGAUGUGUUUAAUAUUUUUUUCUAUUUAAGUGUUAGACUGCUUCCGAUUGAACUUAUUCCAAAGAAUUACAUAUAGUUAUUGUAGAGAGAGUUGUAUUAAUUAAGAUUUAAGAUAAUAAAUAAUGUCACGUAUAGUACGUUUUUAAGAUACUCUUGAGUUUUCAGUUUAUGUGUAAGCUAUGAGAUAUAUUUUGCAUUUAUACCUUUUGUAUUGAUUUUGUAAAAAUAAUUUAUCAUCUUGCCCUAGUGUAACUACUAACAUUUACUUAUAUUUGUAACAUAGAUAUGUUGUUUUUGAUACAUUUUGUCAGCAGUACCAGCGAUACGUACGAGGCAUUUAUACUUAAUUGUACUUUAUUAUUAAAGUUGUCCAACAAA